AUGGUACACAUUAACGACGAUUUAGGCAUUAAAGGGAGUGAAGCUUUUGACAUUUACAGACUUUAUGAACUUUGGUUGCUUUAUUUAUCCAUGUACAUGAAUUUUUGUGUGAAACUUACGCAAGAGACACGAAGUAAUGUCGAAGCACCUGAGGAAACAGUGCAGAUAUAUAAAACAAACCUCACAAGUGGAAUUAUGGUGCGAACUCGCUUACUUAUGAUAGUUCAUUGA